AUGAAUUCUUAUAUUUUUGAUCAAGAUUUUGCUAGGAAAGAGUUGUCACAUGUCAUAAUCUUGCAUGAAUAUCCCCUCUCUAUCGUAGAUCAUGUUGGUUUUAAACGAUAAAAUUUUGAAUAUCCCCUCUCAAUUUGAGAAAGCGUUCGAACGCAGCUAACAAUUUUUUUCUUGUCCCUCCAUACUCUGAACCUAGAGAGAGAGAGAGAGAGAGAGAGAGGGAGGGGGAGAUGGCUUCGAUGUGCAGAUCAGCAGUAAUGGCAGGUGCGAGGUCCCUCACAGCUCGCUCAUCCAAAACCCUACUUCCCAAAUCCAAAACCCUACUUCCCAAAUCCCUAUUUUCCCCAAAAUCCACACCCCCAUCUCCAUUCUCUUCUUCCUCAAGACCCAUCCCCUUCUCUGCUUCAAGGGUUGUUUCAAUGCUGGCAAGUGUGGAGUCAAUGAUGCCACUUCACAGCGCCAUUGCUUCUGCUCGUCUCAGGUCCAACAUUGCCGUUGAUUCCUCCUGCUGGAGCUUGCUUUCUGAAGGAUUUGCAAUACCGUUGUGACAAGGUUUGCCGGAUUGAUACAAGGCAAUAAGUGCAUAGGAUUUGUUUCCAUAUCUUUUUGAGAAGGAAAAAGUCCUUAAAGUUUAGAAAUUGUUGACAUUAAGUUUUGCAGCUUGUGUAAACUUUUUUGUUCAAGUUGAGUGAUGCCAUUUACUUGAAUUGUUAGUUGAUAUCCCAAUGUAAGUUCCUUUGGUGGUUUUAUGAUUCUGCCAUUGUGAAAUUGCUUUUGUAGGCGAAUUGCAUGAUGUGUAAUUGCUACGAGCAACAUCUAUUAGGUCUUUAUCCCUUUCAGGUUUCCUUGGAUUAUAAAAAAUUGUGUAUCACAACAUGAG